AUGUCUACACUUGAUAAUUUGAUAACAAAGGCGAUAGACGAUUGCGAUUUAAAAGACUCUAUCUAUGACCUUAUAAACGCAUAUCCAGCAAGUCAAACAGUGAUAGAACGAAUCAUAGCUUUUUUCGAGAACUCUGAAAAAGACUUGAAACGUCGUAAAAUAGUCGACAGCAGAGAUACCGCUUCAAACUUAUUAGAACCGCAAGAUGAAGUCAUUCGUAUAGUUGAUCUUUCGUUUCAACUUCCUAAUCGGAAAAAGUACGAUUUGAUUUUCACCCGUACAUCUCUCUUCUUGCACAACGCGAAAACAAACAUUACAGAAUUUCAAUAUGCACUAGCCGAUCUUUCGACAGAAGGGGGAGCUUGUGUUUUAACGCCGGACAAAGCCACCAAAAACUAUACUUACACUCUCUUUCUAAAAACCGAUGAUUGCAUUGUAUUCAACACACAAGAUAAAGGCGAUUUAAUCAUUAAAACGCCUACUUCAGUCGAAACCUACACUACCGAUAAACACGAACAGAUUUGUAAAUUGAUAACUGAACUUGCACAUAUCGACGUCACCCAACCCUCUAAAAGCUACUUCACAUCGACUGGCAUCUCUGCUAGCACAGGCAAAGUAGUUGCAGACAAGCAUCACGUUACCGCGUAUCAUAAAAACAAAGAGGGGUUCCUUUUCUUUUUACCUACUGGCAUAUUGUAUGGAUUUAAAAAGCCCACCUUAUUCUUCCCCAUUUCUAUCCUCGCUUCUACAGUGUUUACCAAUAUCACCCAACGAACAUUUGAUAUGAUUUUGAUUUUGAAGCCUAAUUGCAGGAUUUUAGGCUCUUCGGGAUUUAAGCCAACAAUGGAAGGUGAGCAGGAAAGUGUAGCUUUCUCUAUGCUUGAACAACCAGAAUACGACGGCAUCAAUGCGUAUAUAAAAAAACUAAGGAUCAAUGACCAAAGUAUGGCUGAGGAAAGAAAAGCACCUCAGAAUAAACAAAAGCAACUGGACCCUAUACAAAACACAAAACAAAUAGCUGACGACGAUGAAGAAAUGGACGAUGAUUUUUCGCCUAGUGAAAGUGAUGAUGAUCCUCUAGAAUUCGAUUCUGAUGCUGAUAUAGCUGAGGAUGAUACUGAAGCUACCUAA